CGAUUGUUGUACUAUGAUAGAAAUAUGUCAUCCAGUUUCCUUUAAAUUGUUCUGGAAUGAAAUGCCUUUGUCCUUUAAUCAGCGGACUAUUUAGCACGUGAAGACCUAUAUGUCAAAGUAACCAUCGACCUUUUCCGAAACAAGGUGGAUGGUGUGGGUGCAGAGAGGGAAGUCAGGGACCAUUUCUAAGUCUGAUCCAUUAGAGCUAAAUCAGAAUUCAUUGAAUUCAUUGAAAUAAUAUCGCACUCGUUUUAUGACAUUCUAGGUUUUGUCCCCGGGCAGGAGAGACAUUUAAAAUAUGAAUCUAUGAAAUCGCUAGUAGAAAGGCUGGGACUGGCGAUGUUGCAGAUUCAAAGCACGAUGCCAUUUCUGUAGGUUUAUAAUUACACUUUGAAAAAAAGUGCGGAGUAAAUAAGCCCGUAUAACAGCAGUUAUUUCUACGUCCUACGAUACCCACCUUUGUCUGUGCGAUUAUGAUCUGAAUUGGAGAAAAAUAGAUAUCAAAACAACGUUCGUGGCCGUACCUUUUAUGAUGAAUAAAUCUCAGUAGCUUUUCUUGCGCGCAUAUUGAUUGGCCGCGGAUUGGGGACCGUCAAUUUCAUUUUAUUCUCCUGUGAUCCGGGAGCCCUCUCUCCAGCGCUGUGUCACCAGAUUCACACACCUGGUACUAAAGCUUUACGCUGUGCUUUAUAUCCGGCUUGGAAGAUACUCAACAUUGUUAGGUCAAUCUUGUGUUAUUCCGUGUGGUAUGUAGUGGGUAUGGAAUCCAUGCUGGAUAUCAAAGGCUGGUUAAUUACCAAAUGUAAGGCAAACGCUUCCACUGUUCAGAGGAACCCCAAAGACCCUUGCACUGUAGGCGGUGCUUUAACGCCCGAUUCCAUCCCAGAAUUUGUAAUUCCGAGGUCAAACGAUUCCUCCAGAAGAGGAAGUUAUGACGUAGAGAAUUCGAACAGCGACCACUACGUCUCUGUGUCCCGCCGAAGCAGCCUGUGUUCUACCAGGACCAGCCCAGGAAUCUCCCCAAGCGCCUCGGCGAUUGCCUUGGAAACGAGGUAUACAUCCUCAGCUCCCGGAUCACCGAGACACGAAAUGAAGGGCCUUAUUACUGGUUACAAAACUUCGAAAUCAAUGAACUGUAUUGGAGACACUAAUUCUGACCCCCUCUCAAUGGCAGCGAUGUCACUUCCCCACUUCCGGUCGAGAACCACAUAUGGAUUUAGUACCCUAUCACAAAGUCCUCACACCCGGCGGAAGGAGUCCCUGUUUCACAUCCAAGGGAAUGGGUUAUCUUCUCACGACUCUCAGCGCUUAAAAUCAUUGGAGGCUUUGUCAAUCAGAGGCCGGCCAGACAUGAUGGACGACAUCAUCAGAUUCUCCGACCCGGAGAUUUCUACCAAGAAGCACACUCCGUCUGUUAUCGUGACUCCCUCCGCAUCCCCCGUGUGUACGUCAGUGAUGCUGUCACCAGAGCGACAGCCUAAUCACCUGCUGGCGACCUCACGUAUUUUUAUGAAAAAUGGGAACCCAACACAUAGGAACUUUAAAAAGAACAACUUGUAUUACAGACGACGUUCUUCUUUGCUCGGAUUGGACGCAGACGACUCCAACACAUCCUCCCAGGAUUCCCUCGUCACGGACAGUCCACCAGUACAGCGAAGUAAACCUAAAGUCACGCGUCAACGAACAGAAGACAACGACAAGCAUUUAGUUACACUCAAACGGCACUCCUCUCCCCAGUUACGCGACUCUGAGAUCAUGGAGGCGUGCGAAGCUCACAGGUCCGCCUCGUGUUCCGUCAUUAGCAAUCCAUCUCCACAGAAUGUAUCCGAACACGGAGAACUCAAAUUUGCUUUUCAAUAUUUGGCCGCAACAAAACAACUCAAAUUGACAUUAAUUAAAGCAGACAACCUUGGUGGCUCCGACAAACCUGAUUCCAAUCUAAACCCGUACGUGAAAGUUUAUCUUAUGCCAGGUAAACUGCAAAAACAGACAUCCGAACUAUUCAAACAUACAAGAAAACCAGAGUUUGACCAAAAUUUCUACUUCCAAGGAAUGUCAUUAGAGCAAUUGCAUGCUAUGACCCUGAAAAUUACAAUUUAUCACAAAUCUCAUAAUCUACGCCCUCCGGAAUUGGUGGGGAAAACCUCGCUAGAGUUGGAAGACUUUGACCUGAUGACGGAGAACAGGAUGUGGAGGGAUUUAGAUGGUGGCAAUGAUAACGAGGACCUGGGAUCACUAGAAAUUAGUAUGAAGUUCGAACCAAAAGAGGGCUGUCUUGUUAUUGCUGUACAGAGGGGGAUUGGACUUCCGGAGCAUCAGAUUAAGGGGCCGCCAGAUCCAUAUGUGAAAGUAGAAGUCAUUCAGCCAGGAAAACCUCCCCAGAAAAAGGUCACUAAAACCAAGAAAUGUACGACAGACCCGGUGUUCGGUGAGAUCUAUAAUUUUCCGGUGUCGUUCAAAAUGGAGGACAUAAGCUUCACGUACGUGACGUUCACCGUGUACAAUCAUGAACGCAUCAAGAGUGACGAGGUUAUUGGACAAAUGGGUCUUGGUUAUGUGGCCACGCAGACGUCAGAGGUCAGUCAUUGGCGGGAAAUGAUGCAGAAUCCAGGUCAUGAUAUCUCCAAAAUCCACAGCCUACAGGAUGUUGACGACGACCAAAAGCUAAAGCUGUAGUAGGAGGUCACUUCUUCUAUCUCAAAUCUGUCCUUGAACUUUUUUUAGGCUGUUUUAUCUUAAAACAAACAUUGAUAUAAUUUCGUUGACUACUCAGUAAUUUAGGACAUGUCCCAAUCUGAAAAACGAAUUAUUAGAAGCAUUUUGUUUUACUAUUGAGCAUCAAAUGUCGUUUUAAGAGAGAGAGAGAGAGAGAGAGAGAGAGAGAGAGAGAGAGAGAGAGAGAGAGAGAGAGAGAGAGAGAGAGAGAGAGAGAGAGAGAGAGAUUUACACGAUGUGCGAUGGGAAAACUAUUUAUCUUUUGUAUAAAUGAAUAAAGCACAGGUAUUACGCAGUUUGAAAUUAAAUAUCUCUAUCGCUAUGCACCUAUUCGUCACGUGAAGUGGGGUUUAUGAACAAGCGAGACUAGCCAUUUUGUGACUGUCUGCUUUUUACUGUGUACACACUAUGGAUUACCUACCAAUAACUUACCAGAACCGGGACUCGGGGUCCCCGCAUAACCCCAUGCCGAUGAGAGAUUUGCUAAAAUCUUUGCUACACGAGGAAUUAAGUAACAAUCACGUGGUUAAACAAGAGCCGCUUAAGUGGACCCAGUCCUUCCAGCUUCACCAUCAUUUCCAUCCAGGAGAGGUCAAAGUGUUCAUCAAAGAUGGGAAAUUGCGACUGCACGCCAAGCAUGCGCGAGGGGAGGACGAUGAAAAUUGCGAUAUUCGUGAAAGUAAGCGCAGUGUGACACUUCCUGCCGACAUAGACAGAUCUCGGCUACACUGCUACAGCCAUGGGCAUCAACUGGUUGUAGAAGCCCCCUUUCUAGCUAAAAGUCAAAACGAAGGGGAGGAGAUUGCGAUAGAGGAAACUGAUGACGAAACAGCAGACGAUACGUCUUCGUGUUUCAGACAAGACAUGGACCUGUCGACCUUUACACCGGACCAUAUAAGCGUGCAGCGCUGUGGGCCUGACGUCAUAGUCAGGGCUGACCAUUGCCUGGAUGAGGACGGCAUUAAAGUAUCACGCUCAUUCCACCGGGAAUUCAAAAUCCCACCGAACGUUUCCUCAGAGAAAUUACGCUGUCGUCGUAAUAGUAAAGGAAUGUUGAUAUUUUGGGCACCCUUUCAAGCGGAGAUGAAAUAGAGGGACACUAUGUAGACUCGGUGCUGCUUACAACAAUUAGUUUUAAGCAAAAGUUUCCGUAUAAGGUUUUUCAUAAAAUAUUAACCAUUUUUUGAUUCAAUUUAGCUUCAUUAUCAUUGCUUGAGCUUAUUCAAAUUACCACUGUAAUAACAUUGACUAAAACUGGUGCUGUAUAAUUCCAAUUCAUUAUAUUGUGAAUCAUUUCAAUUAUAAUGAUGUUCACCUGCAUCCAUGUAUUUAGCUCAUAAGAUUUCGAUACAAGAAAAAAGGAGUCAUAAAUGAAUAAAGUUGAUUUUAUUUGAUCAAAAAAUACAUAUAAAAACGUGAUCAACAUAAUGUAAAAGUAUAUCAUUAUAUCAAAAUAAAUACACACGUACAGUUUAUAAUUUUA